AUGGCGAAGGAGAUUCGUGAUCUUCGCAAGUUCUUGUUGACUGCCCGGCGUCCGGACGCCAAGCGGGUCACAAUCGUUAAACUGCACAAGAAGCCCCGUGCCACGGGCGGCGGCGCGUCCACCGUAACCAAGUUCAAGAUCAGAUGCAGCAGAUACCUGUACACCUUCGUGGUGGAGGAUCGCGAGAAGGCGCAAAAGCUCGAAGGAUCUUUGCCGCCGAGUCUCCAGAAGGUGUCGAUUCCGGGCAAGAAAUAA